CUCAAUUUAUUAACAAGCUUAAAUUUUUUUUACAAGUUCCCAAGGAAAAAAGAAACGAAAUAGUUGUAUUUAUAAUGAAUCUUGCAUUUGAGUGUACUAAAACUGUUAAAAUUUCCAUGAGCUGCCUUUUUUGAACUGCUAGUGGAAAAACAACUUUCACUGUAAUUUUUCCCAGACCAAGUACAUCUCUGCCUCAAACUAAUACCUCAAACUUUUUUACAACUCUUGUUUAUUUCCCUAUUUGUCGAAGAAUGGACCGGCCGGUUCCCCCUCAGUGUGACAUGAAUGAAGACUGUGCUGGGGGUACAGAGGAAGAGUGUUGCAGCAAUGGCUUUUGUUGUGAAAGCAUCUACAGAGACAGAGAGAACGCGGAUACACAAAAAGACCAGUUAGGAAUGGGCAUUUCGACCAACGCAGUCAUUGUCAUUCUGCUCCUCGUCAUUUUCGGACUCAUAGUAUUUGUUUCGCUCUUCCUUCGGUUUCUAAAAGAGUUCAUUCAAAGCAGGGCAAUAAGAGAUGGUGAUGAACAAAGUGCACCCGAAGACAAUGUGAACAGACAUGGGGUCAUCAUAAGAGGGUCACUGGUGACUAAUGAUUCAAGUACAGGUCUUAACAUGAUGACGGCGGCCGGUAUCUUCGUAAUCGAGCCCACUCUUCCUCGCUACUCAGCCUGCAGUUUCACCUCAUCUCCAAUUUCUCCCAAUCAGCCCGGUGGCAGACUCAAUCGCGACUCAAGAGUAUCACCCGCUAACAGUCCUCCCGGAUUUCUGUCUCCAAUUCAAAUCCCGACAUCAACCGGACUCGACGUUUCGGCUAGUUCCCGAUUCAGCUUAUUGAGUCCUCCUCCGAAAUACGAAGAUUUAUUCGGAGUUGUACGAACGAUCAGCCCUUUGCCGAGCACUGCAAGCGAUCCGAAUGAAAGAACUGGAGCCGCUGCAAGUAUAAAUACGGUUUCACUAGAUGCGCCUCAACAAAACGAAGAGUCAUUCAGAUUCCAAAACUCACUCAGAGUUGAAAGUAGAUUAAACAUAACUUUGCCAGAGCUAUGAGUUUUGAUUGAUUUUUGAAAUGAAUGAAUUUUAAAACGCUACAGAGGGAGGAUAUUAAUUUUAAAACGCGAUAAUAAAGAAUCAGGAUUUGGCAACAUGAAAGGACUGAGGCUGGUUGUCCUGGUGACAUUUUUGCGUGUGACAGCUUGAAGCUCGCAGGAAGAAUUUUCUGUUUCGAUCAUUGAGAGACGGAAGGUACUUAGGAUUCAGGAGUUUUUUCAUGCAAAUCCAGUUUCCGCCAAAAACGUACAAAAGGUGUAAUGUCAUUUUAUAGCAGCCCUUUCAGUUGAGAAAAUUCUCGUAGGCAAUAUGAGGCAGCUCAGCCGAUACAACACAAGCCAAUUCUUUUCGCGGAAAAAAGGAAAAUCUUACAAAAUCGUAAUUCGUUUACAUUCAACGCUCAAAAAAAUCGUGAAUUGAAAAGUUAAUUAAAGCUCAGAC